CAGCCGGAAAGUGAUGGUUAAAAAAAUUACAACUUUCAAGCAGGACGGGUGUGUGUCUGUCCGCGUAGCGCGCGUGUUCGAGUUUUAAGGUUGUACAGCACCUCGCUGCCCUUCGAACUGUACGGAACGGCGUGUGUUGAAAGCGUUUGCUCUCGGUGCGAUAUACGCGAUCGUUUUGUGUAGUGAGUCACAGUUUUGAAAAAAAUCAAAUCAAAUACUCACUGAAAAUAAAUUGACGAAGAGCUCCGUUAGUGAAGUGCACCCUCAAGUUUUUUUGUGCAAAAUAAAAAGGAAAAAACAAAUAAAAGUGAUUUAAAAUCGAAAAAAAUCGAGCAUUAAAACGUUGUCACUUGACUGCAGCUUGAUCGAGUUUCUCGUUUGCGUUAGUUUUCCUUUUCUCAAUGCCUGUGGCAUAAAAGCUCGCGCAAAGGUAAAAUAAAGGUGAGCACAGCAGUGUGCCACUGUAAGAGAAAAAGGAUCAAAGAAGAAAAUCAAUACAAAAAUAGUGGAACCAAAAAAAAGUUAUCGUUCCAAAAAGUUUCCAAGAAAGAGAGAAAAAAAAACAGCAGACGACGAACCUCCAUCGGAAGAGUGAAAAACCCGCCUAAAGCGUAAUAUUUCCCGCUGCUUGUGUUUGUGUGUGUGUGUGUGUAUUAGUAUUUUUACGCCUAAAAAAGGGCAAAGAAGGAUCCUGUUUUCCUUCAGCAGGCCCCUUCGUUCGUGUAGUAGCCAAGUGGCAAGUUGUGUUGUGGCGCUCCCGCCGGUGUGUGUUUGUGUGUUGCGUUGGGAUGUGCGUUAAUGUUGCCGUAAAAUAAAUAAUAAUAAUAGUAAUCAUCCCUACUACUACACCGCGCAAAGAACCACACAAAAGCUUUUCCGUCUUCCGUCGAGAAGGCGUCGUUCAUUUUUCCGGGCCCGGUGAGCGACCCGCGCGCGUGUGUGUCCAAAAAGGAUCGAAAAAAGCUUCCGUUUUUUUUGUCUCCCCGUGUGCGCGUUGGUCCCAAUCCGGUGGGGGUGUUUGUGUCCAUGAAGCGAAGGGGAGAACCGAAAUCCUCGACGGGAUAACAGUCUCUCGCCCUUCGGAAUGUGACGGCAAACGCGCAAAGGCGCUGCUCGAGUGUGUGUGUGUGUGUGUGUGUGGUUGCGUGUGUGGUGUGCAAGAGCAAUCCACUCCACCAGUGAAGGAAGGAAGUUCAUUUUUUGGAGUGUGCGUGUGUAUGAAUGUGUGUGCCUCGUUCGAUGAGGUUUGUUUGUCGUUUGCCCCCCGCCAAAGGGGACGAAUUGCGUGCCGUAAGCUAAUAAAUUAGAAAUUGAAUGAAAAUUAGUCCCAACUCGGUGACGAAGGGGAGGUGAAAAUACAGGCAGAAGAGAAGAGAAAAGGAAAAAAAGAAGUUUCUCCACCACCACCUGGUCACCGGGAGUGCAAGAAGUCACCAAUAAUAAAAGGGCCGAUUGUUAUUGGCGGCCGCCGGCGCGCCCGGUCUUUUGGUGUUGUUGCGGUGCGUGCGUUCUGUUUGUGCGUGAGUGUGUGUUUGUGGUCUUUAAUUUUGGAAGGGGGCCCCUGCAAAGGAAGCGUGAUCAUCUCACCACACACAGAGGAAUGUUAUAUGGUGUGUGAGCCGUUGUGUGCAAACGAGUGCAUUUUGUGCGUGAAAUUGCGUGAAUUGCGUCUAAACACACCUCCAUCACACAUGCUCGGGCCCAGUAUCGCGUAAGAAAGGGCUUGUGUGCGAAUAUAAGAGAAAAAAAAAACAAGAAAUAAAAGAUUGAAUCACGGUUCAACUCGAUUCGAAGUGGUUUUUUGCGUGUGGUGAAAUCGGUAAAAGACGCGUGUAAAAAACGAUCGCGGGCCAACGCGAAUAUUCCUCAAGCUUUGUUUUAAAUAAUAGCGUCAAACACGACUUCGAAGGAUAGAUCGUCCGGUACUGGCGGCGUUCCCACCGACACCAACGGCAUCCGGUACCGCUUAAACAGUUCUCAUGGGCCACCGUGGCGGAAAAUUGCCGCCGCGAUGUCCACACUUACCAACAACGCCAAUAACAGCAGCAGCAGCAACAGCAACAAUAACAACAACAGCAGUAGCAACAACAACACUAAUAACAACAACAACAACAACAGCAUCGCUAGCUACUAUCAGCAGUACAUCCAGCACUAUCAACUGUCGCCCCAGGGGGGGACCGCACCGCCAUCCGCCGGUGGUUCACCGACGGUCACGGGUAUCAACAACAACAACAACGGUCCCACAUCCGACAACAUACAAACCAUCAACAACAACAACAACAACAACAUUAGCACCAGCAGUAGCACCAGCAGCAACCAAAGCCAGCCGACGACGGCGGCUAAUACCGGCAGUGGCGGCGGCGGCGGCGGCGUCGUCGGUGGGAUUCUGGGCGUGCGAGAAGUUAGCGCCAAGCUGUUCCUACCAUUUGCCCGCGCGAAGAUGAUGCACUCGUCGUCGUCCGCUGCCUCGACACCGGCCAAGGACCAGCACCAGCCCGGUACGCCGCUAGACGGCACGUCGAUGGCCGGCAUGAAUGCGACACCGUCCGGCACGCCGUCGGCAACGCCGGGCACGACGACGGGCGGCGGCAGCAGCAGCAGUGCGGGCGUGUCCGGGUCGGGGGCGGGCCGCGCCUCGUCGCUGAUCAUACCGAAGGCGCUGAACGUGGUGCUGCACGGGUACCACCGGAAGCACAAGACGAACAAGAAGAAGUACUUCGUCGUGUACGGGGACGUGCCGGGCAAGGCGGCCCGGCUCGAGUACUUCGACAGCGAGAAAAAGUUCAAGCAAUCGUUCCAGAAGGGCAAUGCCGGCUGCGACGGGGGCACCCAGCCGAAGCGCACCAUCGUGCUGCGCACCUGCUUCAACAUCAACAAGCGGCACGACCUGAAGAAGCAGAUCAUCUCGCUGUACACCAAGGACGACAGCUUCUGCAUCGUGUUCGAGAGCGAGGAGGAGCUGAACCUGUGGCUGCGGACGCUGCUGCGGCUGCAGCGCGGCGAAGACUCGGAGGGCGAUCCGCCACGGCCCACAUUCGAGCACGUUUGGGAAGUGUACGUGCAGCGCAAGGGGCUCGGCGACAGUUACGGCAUCCUUGGCAACUAUCGGCUCUGCAUCACCGACAAAACCCUAUCGCUGGUCCGCAUCGGAUCGGAACUGACGCCGCACCAGGAGAAGCGGGCCGAAAAUGUCGAGUUUCUGCUGGCAUCGGUACGAAGAUGUGGGCAUUCUCAGCGCUACUUUUACCUGGAGGUUGGCCGCAGCUCCAAAACGGGAGCGGGCGAAAUCUGGAUGGAGGUGCAGGAUUCCAUCAUCGCGCAAAACAUGUACACCACCAUCAUGAAGUCGGCAAAGAGUAAGGACGAUAACCUCGGUCCCAUGAUACGGAUACGAUCGUCGUCGGCGAACGCCGCCUCGAAGCCAACGUCGAUGCUGUUCCGCCGCCAGACGCACACCGGCCAGAAACCGAUCAACUGCUCCCCGUCUAGCGAGGAUCAGUCGAACAAUGGGCAGAACUCGGAAUCGUCGUCGUCGGCCACCAGCGUCAAUACGGUCGUGCUGGUCGGCUCGCCGCCGAAAGCAGGCACCUCCGCCGGCCUGCCGUACAGUGCUGGUGCACCGGGCGCGAAACCGCGCCCGCCAGUCGUAGCGAAUCCUAGCCUGCCAGCCUGUGCCGAAAACUCCUCCUCCCUCAACACCUCGACCACCUCCACCAUUACCACUGCUGCUUGUACCUCUACCACCGCUGCCGCCGCCGCCGCUUGUUCGUCGUCGUUCGUCGGUCCGUCCCAAUCCUCCUCCGAUUCCUUCUAUCACGCACCGAUGAUCGUUCCCUUUGCGGGCAUUACACCUGCCGUGAGCACUGGGAAUGUCGUCGCCUCGACGCCGGCUGCCAUGUUCAGCAGCAACUCGUCGCUAGCGAGCAUCGGGUCCUGCUCGCCAAGCGAUGCGUACGUCCCGCUGGUGCCACCGGGUCACGGCAGCACCGCCAGUACCAGCCAAGCUUCCGGCGGUGGUGGUGGUGUGCCUACUCGCGGAGGUUUAGUUGGGUCACCGCGGCUCGGUGUCACUGCCCAAUCGCCAAACUAUCGCCGGACGACGUCGGGGAAGAAAUCGACUGGCAGUGACGCUGGCGGUGGCAGCACCACUUCCCCCCUACAGGCGACUCGCAGUCACCAACCGUCCCGUCACUACCCUCAGCAGCCUUCCACCUCCUCCCACCAUUCCCAUCAUCCCACGCACCUGCCCCAUCCUCCACCGCAUCAUCCCGCUCCCUAUCCGCACCAUGGCACGCAGGCAGUGGCAACCGGGGCAUUAGUUGGGCCACACCCGGCCACCCCGAGUGUCGUUAGUAGUAGCGGCUGCUGCAGCAUCGGCGGCAGCAGCAGCAGCAUCGUCAGCAACAGGAGCAGCAGCAACUACAGUAGCAACAGUAGCAGCACCAGCACGAUCGCCGUUACCAAUGAGUUUUCGUCCUCCUCGACUGACCAUGUUACAUCCGCAUCCGCCACAGCCGGGGUGGUGUUCCAUCAAAGAGCUUUAUCAUUGCCAAGCGCUCCCAUGUUAGGCCAUUCCCCUCAUAGCAAUACGCAUCACUUGGGCGCACUCCAUGCGCACUCCGGCGGCGGUGGUAGUGGUAGUAGCGUCCGGUCCUCCUCCCAGUGCAGCGUCGUUGCGGCCGUCGCUGCCGGUACGCAGGGUGGGCUGCUUCCUUCCGCUACCGGCGGUUCGCAGCACAUUGUCACGCUCUCGACGUCCCUGUCGUCAUCGUCCGCUUCGUGCGCCGGCCCCGGGACGAUCCAGCCGGUGCACCAUCGUACCCGCUCGCUGCCCCUGACCGAAGAGUCGGCCAUUCGCCUGACGGCCGAACACUACCGGCAGGGUGGUGGCGGAUGGUGGCAGCCCCACCAUCACGCCCCUUCUUCACUCUCGCACUACAACCAUCUGCAGCAGCCGCACUGUUCCUCUGCUGCCGGUGCAUCGAACCACCGGAAAUCAUCGUCGGCGUACCUGCCCGCACCGCCACCAACCUUCUCGUCGAUCGGCUGCAGUAGUGCGCAGUGUCCGAUGCACGCCGGUGGUGCGAACGGGGGAGGCGGAUGGUCACCGCCCGUGUCGGAUGUGCUCUGCACGUCGCCGCCCCAUCGCCACCAGUACGAGCUGUCGCCGGAAGGACCGCAGCCGUUCGCAAGCCUCGUCCCGUCGCGCAGCUCGAUGGAGAGCAUUAUCGAGGAUCAGCGCUAUCUGCCGAUGGAUCUGAAGAAGCCGGCGGGCGAGGAGACGCCGGAACCAUCGCUACCACCUGCCCUGCCGUCGGGCAGUCAGCUGACGCUGAUCAGUCGGCUGCUGCGCAGCAGCAAUCUGCAACAGUCCACCUCCUCGUCUGGGUCGUCCGGGUCCGCCUCCUCCCCAGGCACCACGUUGUCCGCUGGCAAGAUCGGUCUGCUAGGGCUGAAGAUGGCGAUGAUGGCGGAGGGCCGCGGGUCCGCCUCCUCGAACGGUGGCUGCUGUAGUUGUAGUAGUCCCUCGCAGUCGCAGUGCAGUAGCGGUAGCAAUUGCCUUCAGGCCAUUAGUAGCAAUUCCACCACCAAUACCACCACCAUCACCACCACCACCACCUCUAGUUCCCAUAAGAGCACGAACGGUUCCUCGCCGGCGGCGCUGCGCCGCCUGAGCGCUGGCCGCACUGCCAGCGGUACGAUCAGCAGGAGUGUUGCCAUUGCGCGCGAACGCUGCGACAGUCUUCCAUCGCGAAAUCGAACGACUAGCGAAACGAUGCCACACCAACAGCAACAGCAACAACAACAACACCUCCUAAACCAGCAACAACAGCAGCACCACCAUCAGCUGAUGCUGAACAGUGGCAGCAUGCCACCGCCUCGCAUGAUCCCGAGCAGCAACCGGCCACACUCGGUGCACAUCAGCCACAGCCACAGCCCACCGGUCAACUCAUCCCCGCUCAGCCCGCCGCCGCCGGCCACCUACUCGACCGGUUCGGACGGUUCGUCGCUUAGCAUCGACGAGUCGACGGACAGCUUCAUCACCGGCUCGCUGACGCCCGAUGAAGGCCAGGGCUAUCCUAAGGUCAUUAAUCAACUCAACUCGGGCUGCUCGAUACCGGAGGAAAACUCGGAAGAGUUCAUCAAGGACUACGGCCACAUCGAUCUGAGCGCAGCAGGCUGCGGCAUCUCCCAGCACGAUGACUUCGCAGUGCCGACGCAUCACACUGCUGCGCCGACCAGCAACGCCACGUCCAUCCUCGCCGGCAGUAGUAGUAGUAGCGCAGUAGGCAGAGUUGGCCACCCGCAUCAUAAUUCCCUCUCGCUUCCCAUAUCGCAGGCGGCGCGGCGCGGUGGCAGCCCAGCGCCCCCGUCGACGGUAGGUUCGGUCGAGGGCAGCGCGUACAUGGAGAUGUGCAGCCCGAGCGGCAGCUCGCCCGGCGACCCGUCCGGCAGCUGCUACAUGGCCAUGUCCCCGGUGGCGGACUUUUCGCGCGGGCUCUGCUCCAGCUCGAGUGCACACAGCCGUGCGUCUAGCCUGGCGGAGGACAUCGUGGACGGGUACGUGCCGAUGAGUAUGCCCCGCACGGCAGCAGCAGCACCAGUCGCACCUCCAACGGAAGAGUACAUGCUGAUGGACCCGACGCUUAACGGUGGCACCAGCAGCCGGCUCUCGAACGCAACGGCCACCAGCAACAACGCGGGCAGCAGCAUCAUCGGUGGCGGUGGCAUGUCGUCGGCCGCUUCGAGCUGCAGCAUCACCUCCGGCACGCCGUCGGCCGAUUUGCGCCUGUCGCUCGAGAAAGUGCCGGCGUACAUUGGGCAGAGCGACGAGCACGAGGUGAACGAUCGGCCGUUCCGGACGUACUCGGUCGGUAGCCGGCCGGAGCUGAUCAAGCGCAAGCUGCGCGUGGAGAUGCUCAGCUCGGGCGAAAGCUCGGUGGGCGGAUCGUCGGCCGGCGGGUCGACCAGCUCGCGCCAGCGCGCCUUUUCCGUCGGGUCGCGCGCAAAGGUGCCCCGGUGCUCGGACGUGUACAAGGGAUACUCGGCGGCGCCCGUCAUUGUGUCGUUUGCGUCGACCAGCUCGCAGGGCAGCAUGCUGGAGAGCAGCAACAACAAUAGCUCGAGCAGUACGAGCAGCAUUUCGCACGCGGGCAGCUACGGUGCCUCGAUCGGGGAUACGCUGCCGAUGGAUGAGCUGGCCGGUGGUGGUAGCGCUGGGGGUAGCAGUAUGGGCCGGAAGUCGGGCAGUGGAUCGCUGCUGCCGGACGGUACCGGUGGCGGCAAGCCACCAUCGCACGGCGGUUCCCACGGGCGGAUGAGCGAUCUGAUGGAGAUUGAUUAUUCGUCGCCACGGCAACAGCCGGCGCGACCGUCGACGAGGAGCAGCGAACCGUCGGGCAUGGAGGACUAUCUCGACAUGUCCGGCAACAACAACGAGGAGGAGCAGCGAGCAAGGGGCGGUGGAGGCCUGGGGGCGACGUCCUCGGGCUACGUCGAGAUGCGCCCCGGCCGGCUCAACUCCCAGUCGGAGGAGAACGAUUACCUGAACAUGACACCGGGCGGCGGUGGGCGCGACGAGCCCGACUGCUGUCCGGCUGCCGCCAGCAUUGCGACCAGCUCCCCCAUCCAGAUACAGCACCACGCGAAACAGCCGGCCGACGGUGCGGGCAGUGCGCACAGCAGCAGCAGCAACAACAACAACAACAACUACCUCGAAAUGUACCCCCGGGCGGCGGUGGCGCAGAAGGAGCAGAAGCGAACUGCCAGCGCCACGUCCACCACCACCACUGCUACGAAAGUACCUUCGGAAGAUUACCUGAACAUGGCGCCGCUAAUGAUCAGCUCGCUGGGCGAGGCGAGCGGCAGCGAGGAGGAGAAGAUGCACGGACCGGACGAGGAGCCGCUGCUCGAGUCGUCCAGCGCACCGCCGGACGGCUACAUGGAGAUGUCCUGGAACCAUCACGGCCCGGUGACGGCGGCCGGGCCCGUCUCUUCCUCCGCCUCCUCCUCGGCCACCUCGUCCGCCCAUACCGUGCCAACGAAUGGGGGAGACGAUUACAUGAACAUGUCGUGUGGCAGCGGCUCCCAGUCGGAGGAUGCAUCGCGCACGUACUCCGCACCGAUCACAAUCCAACCGGGUGCGGGCAAAUGCCGGCUCGAUCUGAGCGGCGAAUCGAAGGUGGAGGCGGGCGCCAACAUCCCCAACUAUCUACCGCUGGGGCAGCAUCCGGAUGCGCGCAAAUCGGUCCACCAUCCGCACCACCAGUCCGCGAUGAUUGUGGCACUGCAGCAGCAUCUGCCGCUGGCGGCACAGGCACCGAUCCAAACGACGACGGGACAGCAGAGCGGCUCGAUCGGCUUCAGCCCGUCGAAGCCGGCGGAAACCACUCCCGAGCGGGCGCGGUGUGACUCGCGCGACAGUGGCAUCGUGACACCUUCCGGCAGCCAGCCCACCAUCUUCCCGUUCAGCCCGGCGAGCCCCACGAAACCGUUCGCGCCGGCCCAGGACGAACCGAUGGGCGGUGAGUCGCUGGACGAUUUGAGCCAAAACUAUGCCGAGCUGAGUCUGGGCCGGCAGCAGCAGCUUCAGCAGGCGCAAAAAGAACCAUCGCCCGCCACUCGCAAGCUUUCCACCGGGAGCAAUCGGGGCUCGGGAUCGUUCAGCAAGCUGCAGCUAGUGGCAAACCAGCCCGACUACGUCAACUACUGCCCGGCGACACCGCCGAUCAGCGGUGAUGUGGCGCCACCGUCGGGCAUCAUGCCGCUCAACGUGUUGCCGUCGGCACAGAGUCGAACCCGCAGCAGCAUCGACGAUGAUGGAGCGGGCGAUUAUGCGCUCAUGAACCCGGCCAGCUCGCGCAAACUCUCCACCACGUCGAUGGGCUCGAUGGGAGCGGCCAGCCUGUCACCGGCCGGUGCCGUCCCGCCGGGCUCGAGCGCAGUGGGAAGCAUCACUCCACCGGUGCUGGUUGCUCGCAAAUCCACGCUGCUCCUGUCCAGCCCACAGAUGGGCUUCAAACCGAUCGCUUCGUCGCAGGACGCGGAACUGCUGCUGCAAAGCAAGGCGGUACCACACGCUACCGCUAACUCGCCGAAAGCGCUCAACCUUGGCCGACGUACGGGUGAGCCAGCGUUUAGCUUUACCGAGCAGCAGCAGCAGCAGCAGCAGAUGGCCCCGCUGCAGCGCAGCAUCUCUACCGGGACGCGCCCGAACAGCGUCAACAGUGAGCUGAUCGGCCGGCCAAUCGGUACACCGGCCGGCCCGUCCACCCCCGGUGCGGCGUCCCACAGCAGCACCACCGCUGUCGGCAGCACGCGGCCCAGCUCGGCCAACAGCGAGCGGCUGCCCGUCAUAUCAGCUACCUCAUCGUCCGCCUCGUCCACGUCGACGCUGUGCGAAAGCAAAAACCAAAGCCCGUCCGCCUCGAGCACGGCGCUCGCCAUGGUGGUGGGCGGCGGCAGUACCACCACCAGCCCCCCGAGUGUGCCCGGUUCGCGCCCGGACUCGGUCAGCUCGAUUACCGAUCCGCACAUUGUGUCGCGCCCACCGUCCGUCAGCUCGGAGCGUGAGCUGCACUACGCUAGUCUCGAUCUGCCACCGUGCAGCAGCAGUGGUAAGCAAACGGUCGCUGCCUCACCGUUUGCACCCGGCACGAUGAUGCUGCUGGCGGCGGCGGCCGCUGCGACAACGCCCGCGGCGACCAGCAGUGCUGCCGCACCGGUUACCAAGAUGGACGUCGACGAACCACUGCCCGGGUCGAACGAAGCGCGCACCUCGAUCGACUCUUCCAGCCCUAGUCCGACGACGACGGCCGGUCUGCAGCAGCAGCAACCGGUGCGUUGUGCCGCCUUCACCUACGCGCAGAUCGACUUUGUGCGAUCGCAGGCGCAAAGCCAACAGGGACAGACCGGCGCGGGACCGGCCGGUGCCAGUGGACCGACCGGUAGCACCAACACCACCACCACCAGCACACCACCACAGUCGUCACAAGCGUAGUAGUUAACCGCGUACAGUGUCCACGAUUGGGUGUAAUUUUCGCAUUGAAAUUUACGUUUUCGUUUGUUUUUGUGGUGUUUAGCGUUUUCGUUUUCCUUUUAGUUUCUAGCAUUGUUAUUUUCUACGUAGAAAAGUGUGUGUGUGAGUGUGUCCGUGAAAGAGGAGGCAACGGGGAUUUGCUUUCUAAACUUUGAGUCUCUUGAGUAACACCAAUAUUUGUUGCAGCGCAAAACAUGAAACUCUUCUUCCACUCCCGGUCCCGGUAGCUGGAUGGUACCUCACGCUUGAGGUGUUAUCGAGCAAUUGUAAAGUAGCAACGUGUACAGAAGGAUUAUUGUAAAAGAAAACGGGAAAGUAAGAAAGAUGCAAAAAAGUAUAGAAAAAUGGAGAAGAAGAAACAAAAAUAAAAACCUCAGUUCUGUUCUGUGCAAAGAAAAGUUAAAACUCUACAACAAAAAGACGGACAAGACCAUGGGAAUGAAAAAUGAACCGAAAACUGCCAAUACAAUUACACUAAGCGCGCGAAAAAAUAAAACGGAGGAAAAAAAGAAAGUUGAAAGGAAAGGGCAAAUUUUGCAAAUAGUGACAAAGAAAAGGAAGCCCAAUCUAUUUACAUACAGACACAACAGAACAGAAACGGGAAGAGCAGAAAAAGAAAGAAAACCGGAAAAAACAAGCGUGCAAACCUCACUCAUAUAUACAUACAGCAAACAGAGCAGCGAGCAAGAGCAAACAAGAUGAACCGAACCGCGAGCGCCCUCUAGGUAGCAUCUUAGUCUAGUCUAGGCCAAAAACCACAACUAUACACCGAGACCCACACACGCACAGUGCGUCCCCGGCGGCUUCUCCUUCCCUGGCACUAUAAAUGCACUGAAAAAAAAAGACAGCAAUACACCAGAACCUCAAACCAACUACUACUAGAACAACACAGCAACAAACAGCGACUUAUGAAGGUGUUAGGAAGCAAAGAUAAUACCUCCAGAGAGAGAGAGAGAAGAUAAGAGAGAGAAAGAGAGAGAGAGAAAGAAAGAGAGAGAGAGAGAGAGAAAGAGAAAGAGAAAGAGAAAGAGAAUGGUUUACGUCUUACGACUUUAGUAUGAAUUUACAGUUGCGCAGAAAUAACAACAGUUAACUUUAGAUCACAGAUCAGUAGAGAAGAUCACAUACAUGAUCGACAUGAUGAGGGAAGUGUUGAACCGUUAAUGCCUAUUACAAUUACUACGCAGCGACAGCUUGUGGGCGCGAAUGCUGCUAACAAACUAAUAACACUACUCAACCAGUGCGAAAGUGGUGUGUGACAAGCCUGCUGCGACUACUGCUGCUGCAGGGGCGUCGCACUCGCUAUAUCUACUCGCUCUCUCUCUCACACACACACUCUCUGUAUCACUUGUUACCAUUGGAGGCCUCUUCUUUUUGUUGUAUGUAUAAUAUAUAAACAAAAAAGGAGCGAGAGUAGAAACCCCGUUUACUUAGGCUGGAAUGGCUUUUGUAGGAGUCACUUGGCUUGGUGUGUGGACGUUUUUGGGAUGCAUUUUUUUCUAUUGUUUUUUUCUUUAUAUAUAUAUGUGUGUGUGUGUGUGUUCGGGUGGAUUUGUUCCGGUAAUUGCUACAGCCAUACAGGAUGUGCCGUGAAGGAAGAGGAGGAGGAGGUGGAGGGUGUGAAGAGGUGCGCCGCAAACAAAAGCUGCAAAUUGCAGAAAUUACUGGAAAAGAAGAAGGAGAGGGAAGCAAAUUGCAUAAAGAGAAAAGGAGAAGGAGGAGCAAAACAUAUGUAUAAGCCAUAUAAGUGUAAGCGGGAAGAAAAGGUAAGAAAUAAGAUAAGAAAAUGGAAGAGAAAAGCAAAGCGUGUAAAAACCUAAAUAAAAUUAGAGAAGGUAAUACAUAAAUUUAAAAAAAACACACACACACAACAAACAAGAAAAUGGAAGAUUUAUUCCACACGCGGUAGAAACAUUUGCUAGAAAAAGGUAUAAAAAAGAAGAAAAAAAGAACACACCCCCACACCCCCACAUCCACUCAUUGCAUUGUGUUCGUUUUUGAAGCUGAAGUAUGUAGAAAAUUGGUAAAAAAAGGAACCACCCCCUCCUAGAACUGAAAAAAAACAGAAGCUAAACAAACAGAAGAAAUACAUAUGUACAGAAGAAAUGCAUACAUAUACAGAAUUACUUAUUAAAGCAGAAAACUCUACAUUAAAGUUAGAAACAAUAAGCAGAAGAAAGGGGGUAACAGAGAAGAACACACAGAACCGAGAACAGACUAGUAAAUAAGCCGUGUAAACUGUAAGGUAUAGUGGGAAUAAGGAUGAGAUGUAGAAUAGAGUAAAAGAAAGCAAAAGAAAAAAAAAACCCGGUAAGUGUUUAAGAGAACAAGAAGAAGUAGAAAGAAAGAAACAGACAUCCACACACACACAUACAUACAUUUAAAAAAUCCCUUUAAGGUUAAACGGUUAAGGAGAGAAGAAAUGUACGACAAACCGGUGUAGUAAUAGUAAUAAGGGAUAAAUUAAUCGAUGGGAUAAAGAGAUAAUGUAAAAUGCCAAAAUAAGCUUUACUUGAACGUUAUUUUCCUACUUAGUUUUUAUGGUAUAUAUAUAUAUACAUACACACACAUCUACAUAUAAAUGAAAGCAGAAAAUAGAAAAAAGGAAAG